UCCUGGUUCCUUUUUGAGGGAGUGGAAGGUAGGGAGGCAUAUAUGAUUUUCCCUGUGAUGCUUUCAUGAAUUUUGUGAUUCUGGGACCCCCAGUUCUCCAAGGCAGCUCUGUGUGGCUGGAGUUCUGAGCUGGGUGCAGGGGAGCGUGGGCAGGGCCUGCUGACCGACCGCUGUGUCCCUGCAGCGGCUGUGGAGGCCUGCGUCCUGCAUGGGCUGUGGCGGCGGGCGGCUGGCUUUCUGCGCAGCAACAAGAUUGCAUCUCUCUUCAUGAAAGUGGGCAAGAACUUCCCGCCAGCCGAGGAGCUGAGCCGCAAGGUGCAGAACCUGAAGCAGCUGAUCGAGAACGCGCGAAACCAGAUCCAGGGCCUCCAGGAGAAUGUGCGGAAGCUGCCAAAGCUGCCCAACCUGUCCCCACUCGCCAUCAAGCACCUGUGGAUUCGCACUGCCUUGUUUGAGAAGGUGCUGGACAAAAUUGUGCAUUACCUGGUGGAAAACAGCAGGUGAGCCAAAAAGACUAGACGCCUGGGUGUGCUCUGCCGCCACCUGCUGGCCCUCAUGGGAAUUGCAAUCUAUUGUGCAAAGCAGCUUUCUUUUCUCCCCCUUGAUAUGCACUUGAGUUGAAAGAGAUUAAAUAAAGGCCUUCUGGAUGUUUCCUCCGAAUUAGCCUAGUUUAGAACCUUGGGACAAUUCAGGUGCUUGCUGGCAAUGCAGAAUCUUCAGAUUUGCAGUGGGUGUAGGAUCUUGCAAUCUUAGGCAUCUUUCUUCCCCCAUCAAUUAAGCCUACUGUCUUCUUGCGAAAUAUUGCCCUAGAGGAGUCAUUUAGCUCUUCUGUCUCUGCUCUCAUUUGGUAAAUGGGACCGGGAUUGCUGCCAUUCUGGAGAAGAAGUGAGAAGGGGUGUUAGUGAGAACACAGCAUUUUAGAAAUAAUGAAACCUUUUUAUAUUUUCUUUUCUAGCCCAGAUCAACCUGGUAUAAAGGUUUUAUAGUGUGAGCCCUCUUGGCAAGCAUUUACCCAUUCAUUCAUUCAUUCACCCGGUAAACAUUUAAUGAGUGCCUGCCAUGUGCCAGGCACUAACCUAGGUGUUGGGGAUACAUCGAUCUCAACUGUCAUGUUCAAAACUUGGAUGUUAUGCUAAGAGCAUGGGGGAGCCAGGAAGAAUGAAGAGACUCUUUGUGGCCAGUAUUCCUUUCCAGCCAGAGAGAGAGAGGGAAAGAAGGAGGGGGAGGGAGGGAGAAUAUGAGGGAAAUAUCUGAGAAUCUCCUCAUCGCUUGGUGUAUGAAAGUGUCUGUUUAACCACAUCUUCACAUGCAAUGGGUAUUAUGAUUAUUUUACUCUUUGCCUGUUUGCUAGGAAAAUAUGCAUGAAAGUAUAGAGCAAAGUGCUUUUUCUCAUGAACCUCGUAUUG